AUGAAAAACUCCAAAAUAUUUUAUUUUCUUAGAAUCUUACUAUUUAUCAAAUUGAUAUCAUCAAAUAUUGGGGAAAGUGCGGAGGGAGGUUCAUUGGAAAUCAAGCAACCAUUUAAAACAAGAACUCGUGAAAUUGUUUGUGCUCAUGCUAAAUUUAGUAUUGAAAAAUGUGCACUGAAUUAUUUUUAUGGUCAAUUAAAAGAUCCUUUAGAAAAUUUUUUCCUUUUUAUUGAUGAAGCUACAAAAUAUGUCCUAAAAGAAUAUGAAGAGUGUGAAAAAAGGGAAAAAAUAGAAACGAUGGAAAAUAAAUCUUUAUUAAGAAAUUAUGUGGAAAAUUAUUUAUUGUUGAAUAAAGAAGAAUAUACGAAGGAAGAGGUAGAAUUUAUAUUCAUGAAUAUCCUUUGCGAAUUAAAUAAGAAAGCUAUGAAAAAAGAAUCUGGUAGUAGUUUGAAAGAAAGAUAUAUGAAAAACAUCUUAUUGGAAAUGCAUUAUAACAGAAUGCUAUAUAAUGGUUUUUGGAAAAAAAUAAUGGAUGAAACAAAAAAAGAAUUAAUGGAUAAAAUUAUCCUUGGUAAUUUUACUCCUAAAGAAAAAGAAUUUUUGUUAGUGAAAAUUUAUAAAACUAUGUUGAAUAAAUACAUUAUAAUGAGAUUAAACACUUUAAGAUCUUUUAACAAGCUUAUAGAGGAACGAGCACGUUUAUAUAAAUUUAAGAUUGUUGGAGAUUAUGAUAUUUCAAAGAUUAAAAAAGAAGAGAAUAUAAUAAAAUUUGAAAUUGAACAGUAUAUAUAUAGAAUUAUGAACGAUACAAAAAAUAGAGGAAUAAAAAAGGAAUGUAAGGGAGAAAGGUUAUAUUCAAAAUUAGAAUCAUGUAAUAUAUUAGUACCAAAAUUAACAUCAGAAAAAGUAUCAACAUUAGAAAAAACAUCCAAAUUAGAAGCAGCAUCAUCAUUAGAAACAUUAUCAACAUCGUAUUUAGAAUCAGUAUUGGAAAUGUUGUUACUUUAUAAUUCAAGUUCAGAAGCAGUAUCUUUUUUAGUUUCAUCAUUAGAAUCAUUAGAACUUGUAAAAGAUUCUACUAAGUUAGAAUCGGAAUCAGUAUCAGUGAUAGAUAACAAAAAAAGAUCAGAUUAUAUGGAAGAUUUAAGUUCAGGAUUAGAAAAGUUAUCAUUUGAAAUUUUGAAUGUAGAAGCUCCACAUACUUCAAUUUUAGAAUCAGAAAAUGAUUCAAAAUUAGAAUCUAUAGAAUUUUUAGAUGAAAAAUCAGUUAGAACACCAUUUGAAUUUUUGAAUGAAACAGAAAAUUUAGAUCUAUUAUCCUUUAAGACAUUAUCAGAAGUUUCAUCUACUCCAAUUUUAAAGUCAAAAGAUGAUUCAAAAUUAGAAUCUAUAGAAGUUCUAGAAAAAGAAUCAGAACAAUAA